GAGUCCUAGGGAAAAAUCGGUGAAAAGUUUCGGGUGCACGCGCAAGGAAUAUCAGGCCUUGUAAUUACGCGUAGGUAGCUAGUGGCGCGGCUUAGAAUCAAUACGAAGGGAUUACUUCGCCGCCGGUUCGACGGGGAUCGAUGGAAACCGUGGUAGAACCAUAGGCAAGGCUAGAGGAGGAUAACACGGCCGGUGGGAUCCGUGAGUUUCUUUGCCACGCGACGCCGAUCCCACCGACGCGACGUGGCGGUGGGUACAGGCCAACGCAGUAAAGACGACUGGGCACCGUCGUGGCUGAGGGUGCCUCGACGGGGUUGGUGUGUGCCUUCUGUGUGUUUUGGGUGGGGUGUCAGCCACUCGUUAAUGCCGUGUCGGCUCAUGCAGCCGGUUUGCUAAAAAUGGCAGCGUCGUUCGGCCUCCACUCGUGGAAUAACAAUUACUGGCUACGUCCGCGGAAGAAAUCCAGUUGACACACGGGCGCGGGCAGCUAGGAGGGACAGAGAGUGGCGAACACGUGGUCCGUUACGGAAGCCAGCUAGUGCUGGCGGUUCGCCGACCGGUGGUGCGUGUGUCGGCUAGCUACGCCCCUGGCGCACGUGCGUACGUGUAUAUUCACCGAAGGUACCCUCGCCAGCCCUGGUGCACGUGUGAGUGACAAAUCGCGCAGUGAAAGUGCCGCGGGGGAAGGCUAGUGACUUUUUCUCUUGGGUGUACGGUACGCGGCUCGUCUCCGCUUCGGAUCCACCGAGAUCUCGUCCAGUUGACAGACGAAACUUGACGUUUCGAUUCGGUUCGGUUCGAUUUGCCGCGGUUCAGAUUUCUUCGAUUCGGUUCUGUGUGUCACGAUGUCGCCGAGCAUCCCCCUGCGCGUAAUCAUCCCCGUGGCACGUUGAUCGAUAUUAAGAAUGAAUAGACGCGAGACGUGCGAACGGUACUGGCAAGAAUAACUGAACCGUAUACUCAGGAUUGAAACGUGGUACCUUAGUUUUUCUUCCGUCGCCGGUUCGAAAGAGGAAGAGUAAAUAGAACGAGCGACGUGGCGCCACCUGCACGACUACGUCCCUGGCCAGGCUGGUCUGUUGACUCUGGUGGUGUUUAUUCGCGCUUGUCCCGUCUCUUUCCCUCGUCUGUUCACGGUAUCCCUCUCCCUCUAACGCACCGGGCCAUUUGUGUGUUUGGAGGAUGUCGUGAAUUUGUUGCAAUGUGACGGCAAGAUGAAUGAAGAUUAGCGUGAUGUCGGACCUGUGCACGCGCCUUGCAGCGGGUGCGCGCCCGGAUCUCGACCGGAUCGCCCUUGGAACGUCCUGAAACAGGUUGGAAAUCAGCGUGAAGAUGCCGGCAACGCGACCGUACAGGUGCCCAUUGUUGUCGCUAGAUCACAGACUUUUCCGCGGGACUGCGACGCCGGACUCGAAAACAGAUUCGUGAAUCGUGUACCGUGCGUUCUGAGUGCUCUGCCGGCCUUCGUAGGACUCGCGUAUCGCGUUCCGUGCCCGUUAUAGGUUAGGUUACCGGCACAUAACCUGCAAGAGAUCAGUGAGAGGUAGACUUGUUUGCUGGAGUAAACGACGGAUUCGUGGCCUGCCGCGGAUCGAACUCGACACCGUGGACGAGAAGAGAUAUCCUGUUCAGUGCUGAUUCCUGCCACAGUGGGUGAUCGGUGCAAUGGAAUGAGCUGGGUGACUACAGGACAAUGAAGGCCAAUGGGACAAAUAAUGGCUGUAGCCGCCUAAACACGCCAUUGGCAGCCACCACCACGCUGGAGGAUCCGGGAACGCCAGCCUCUUGGAAGGGCCCGCCACCCGGCUCGGAGGCGUCGCCCUUUACACCGAACUCCGUCAGCCAGGGUGGAGGUCCAGGGUCCGGUCCCUACAAUAGUACAGGUGGUCCACCUAGCAAUGCAGCCUUCCAAGGUCCGAGCCCGUUUCCCGGUGGUGCUGGGAGUCCAGCGGGCGCGCCACCUUAUCAAGGACCUCCGCCUGGUUCCGCGACACCUCAGUACACCGCCUCCCCGGCGCCAAGCGGUUCCUCGACACCCGGUCCAGGACCGCCGCCGAAUUCCGCGGGCUUCCCACCACCGCCGAACAAUUCCGGGCCACCCUACAAUGGACCCGGUCCAAGCCCGUUCGGCUCGCCAUCUGGCGGACCACCGCAGUUCGUCGGUAGACCCGGCUCCUCGGGACCGCCGUUCGUACCCCCGGGAGCCGGGAAUCCCCAUUUCCCCUCGCACGGACAGCCAUUUGGCGGACCCCAAUACGGUAUGCCGCCUGGCAGCCCGUUCGGACCCGGCCACCCGAUGACAGGACCCAUUGGACCCGGUCAUCCCGCCAUGAUGGGACCCGGAGGACCUGUGGACAGGAUGGACCAAGG